AUGAACAUAAAAGGCCCAGGAAUUAGUCCUUCCACCUACAGUUUAAUACAAGAGAUCAAUGUUUUCCUAAAAGAAGAACGUGGAGGGACCGAGGUUUCCCCCGAGGAAGAAGACAAGAAGGUCAGCUUCACACUGAACAUACAAGCUGAAGGAACUGAAGUUUCCACGAAGAGGUUAGUCGGCGACAUCAAGGCUUUCCUUACCGAGGAAAAGGAAAUCACAAAAUAUUCGCUGAAUGUAAGAGGCCAAGACAUCCCUGGGCAACCCAACUCAGCAGAAGAGCGGAUCCGAUUUAUUCUGCAUAUAAAAGGGCAAGGGAUGGAAUCAGCUCUUAAGAGGUUACUCGAAAAGACUAGGUUUCUUCUCCUAGCCCAAAAGGAAUUGCGAAAUAUUUCAAUGAACAUAAAAGGCCCAGAAAUUAGUCCUUCCACCUACAGUUUAAUACAAGAGAUCAAUGUUUUCCUAAAAGAAGAACGUGGAGGGACCGAGGUUUCCCCCGAGGAAGAAGACAAGAAGGUCAGCUUCACACUGAACAUAGAAGCUGAAGGUACUGAAGUUUCCAGGAAGAGGUUAGUCGGCGACAUCAAGGCUUUCCUUACCGAGGAAAAGGAAAUCACAAAAUAUUCUCUGAAUGUCGAAGGCCAAGGAAUCCCUGGGCAACCCAACUCAGCAGAACAGCGGAUCCGAUUUACUCUGCAUAUAAAAGGGCAAGGGAUGGAAUCAGCUCUUAAGAGAUUACUCGAAAAGACCAGGUUUCUUCUCCUAGCCCAAAAGGAAUUCGAAAUAUUUCAAUGAACAUAAAAGGCCCAGGAAUUAGUGCUUCCACCAACAGUUUAAUACAAGACAUCAAUGUUUUCCUAAAAGAAGAACGUGGAGGGACCGAGGUUUCCCCCGAGGAAGAAGACAAGGAGGUCAGCUUCACACUGCACAUACAAGCUGAAGGUACUGAAGUUUCCACGAAGAGGUUUGUCGGCGACAUCAAGGCUUUAAUUACCGAGGAAAAGGAAAUCACAGCAUAUUCGCUGAAUGUCAGAGGCCAAGGAAUCCCUGGGCAACCCAACUCAGCAGAACAGCAGAUCCGAUUUACUCUGCAUAUAAAAGGGCAAGGGAUGGAAUCAGCUCUUAAGAGGUUACUCGAAAAGACUAGGUUUCUUGUCCUAGCCCAAAAGGAAUUCGAAAUAUUUCAAUGAACAUAAAAGGCCCAGGAAUUAGUCCUUCCACCUACAGUUUAAUACAAGAGAUCAAUGUUUUCCUAAAAGAAGAACGUGGAGGGACCGAGGUUUCCCCCGAGGAAGAAGACAAGAAGGUCAGCUUCACACUGAACAUACAAGCUGAAGGAACUGAAGUUUCCACGAAGAGGUUAGUCGGCGACAUCAAGGCUUUCCUUACCGAGGAAAAGGAAAUCACAAAAUAUUCGCUGAAUGUAAGAGGCCAAGACAUCCCUGGGCAACCCAACUCAGCAGAAGAGCGGAUCCGAUUUAUUCUGCAUAUAAAGGGCAAGGGAUGGAAUCAGCUCUUAAGAGGUUACUCGAAAAGACUAGGUUUCUUCUCCUAGCCCAAAAGGAAUUGCGAAUUAUUUCAAUGAACAUAAAAGGCCCAGAAAUUAGUCCUUCCACCUACAGUUUAAUACAAGAGAUCAAUGUUUUCCUAAACGAAGAACGUGGAGGGACCGAGGUUUCCCCCGAGGAAGAAGACAAGGAGGUCAGCUUCACACUGCACAUACAAGCUGAAGGUACUGAAGUUUCCACGAAGAGGUUUGUCGGCGACAUCAAGGCUUUAAUUACCGAGGAAAAGGAAAUCACAAAAUAUUCUCUGAAUGUCGAAGGCCAAGGAAUCCCUGGGCAACCCAACUCAGCAGAACAGCGGAUCCGAUUUACUCUGCAUAUAAAAGGGCAAGGGAUGGAAUCAGCUCUUAAGAGAUUACUCGAAAAGACCAGGUUUCUUCUCCUAGCCCAAAAGGAAUUCGAAAUAUUUCAAUGAACAUAAAAGGCCCAGGAAUUAGUGCUUCCACCAACAGUUUAAUACAAGACAUCAAUGUUUUCCUAAAAGAAGAACGUGGAGGGACCGAGGUUUCCCCCGAGGAAGAAGACAAGGAGGUCAGCUUCACACUGCACAUACAAGCUGAAGGUACUGAAGUUUCCACGAAGAGGUUUGUCGGCGACAUCAAGGCUUUAAUUACCGAGGAAAAGGAAAUCAGAAAAUAUUCUCUGAAUGUCGAAGGCCAAGGAAUUCCUGGGCAACCCAACUCAGCAGAACAGCGGAUCCGAUUUACUCUGCAUAUAAAAGGGCAAGGGAUGGAAUCAGCUCUUAAGAGAUUACUCGAAAAGACCAGGUUUCUUCUCCUAGCCCAAAAGGAAUUCCGAAAUAUUUCAAUGAACAUAAAAGGCCCAGGAAUUAGUCCUUCCACCCACAGUUUAAUUCAAGAGAUCAAUGUUUUCCUAAAAGAAGAACGUGGAGGGACCGAGGUUUCCCCCGAGGACGAAGACAAGAAUGUCAGCUUCACACUGAACAUACAAGCUGAAGGAACUGAAGAUUCCACGAAGAGCUUAGUCGGCGACAUCAAGGCUUUCCUUACCGAGGAAAAGGAAAUCACAGCAUAUUCGCUGAAUGUAAGAGGCCAAGGAAUCCCUGGGCAACCCAACUCAGCAGAACAGCGGAUCCGAUUUACUCUGCAUAUAAAAGGGCAAGGGAUGGAAUCAGCUCUUAAGAGAUUACUCGAAAAGACCAGGUUUCUUCUCCUAGCCCAAAAGGAAUUCGAAAUAUUUCAAUGAACAUAAAAGGCCCAGAAAUUAGUCCUUCCACCUACAGUUUAGUACAAGAGAUUAAUGUUUUCCUAAAAAAAGAACGUGGAGGGACCGAGCUUUCCCCCGAGAAAGAAGACAAGAAGGUCAGCUUCACACUGAAAAUUCAAGCCCAAGGCGCUGACUAUUCUAUGAGACUUUUAACCACUGGAAUCAAAGCUUUUCUUACUAGGGAAACGGAAAUCACAGAUCAUUUCACUAAAACUGAUGUUGAAUGGAUGGCUGGAUCAGGAAACAGCAUAGAAUACAAAAAGCUCUUUACCCUGAACAUAAGAGGACAAGGAACCGAACCAUCUAUUAAGAGAUUAAUCCAAAAGAUCAUGUUUCUUCUAAAAGGCAAAGAAGAUCCAUGAUAUAUCCCUGAACAUACAAGGCCAAAGAAUUAGUACAUCAAUUACAAAAUUAAUCCAAAGCAGUAAUGAGUUCCUGAACACAGAACACAGAGGGACUGAGGUUUCAUCCAAGGAAGACAGAAAGGUCAGCUUGACGCUGAACAUAUAAGCUCAAGGACCAGAAGUUUCCAUGAAGAGUUUAGUCACCAACAUCAAGGCUUUCCUUACCAAGGAAAAGGAAAUCACAGAUCAUUCCCUGAAUGCUGAAGGUCUACAAAUUGGUGGGGCACCCAACUCAGCAGAACAGCAGACCCGAUUUACUCUGAUCAUAAAAGGCCAAGGGACGGAAGCAGCUCUCACCAGAUUAGUUCGAAUGAUCAAACUUUUCCUUUCAGGCAAAAAGGAAAUCACUGAUAUUUCCUUGAACAUUAGUGGCCAGGGGAUUAGUUUUUCUCUCAAUAAAUUAAUCCAGGACAUUAAUUUUUCCCUUAAUAUUUAAGGUGAAAAGUCUGUUGCUUCCUUCAAUAGUAAAUGUGUUGAAGUGCAAAAGCAGUGUUCAGUGCUAGAUAACGGAGAGGUUAAAUGUAGCAAAGUAUUAAACUAUAGCAAAUGUCCUAACUAAUACAUUCUAGGCCUAAUAGCUAAUUUUUAUCUUAACAGAGGUUUCCCAGUGAGCUGAUUCCUUUCAGAAUAAAACUUUCAAAGUCACAUCAGAGAUUGAAAUGGAUUCUUUUCUCAAUAUUGGAAUUGUUCCCUGUGCACCAAUAUUUUUAAUUUUAUUUUUUUUUGAAUUUGAAACUAUUGACGCUUAACCGAGGAGGCCAAAGGCCCAAACUUAUUUUGAAAGAAAAAAACCUCUCCCAUACACUUUGGGGAAAGAAAAUCAUAAUGUAAUUGAAAUACCAUGACUCUUUUCAAUGUGCAAUGGAAAGGAUUCAUUUAACCAAUCCCAAAAGCAGAAGCAUAGUGCAAGCACUUACAAGUGCAAAACAGGUCUUUAGCCCAUUUCCAUCCAGAGCAUCCGCUAAUAAUAAUAAUAGUAAUAAUAAUAAUAGCCUCUGAAACAGACAGGAGAAGCCCCAAAAGAGUGCUAAGGGGUGUGGAGGGAAGAAUAUUCCAUAGUGGGGGGGGGGAGAGAGAUGAGCACCGCAACCCCAGACUCAGCCACAACUGGACCUAAUGGUCAGUGGUCCCCUUUACCUUUACAAUUUCUGCAAGUACAGUGGUGCCUCGCAAGACGAAAUUAAUUCGUUCCGCGAAUUUUUUCGUCUAGCGAAUUUUUCGUCUUGCGAAGCACGAAAUCCCUUAGGAAUGCAUUGAAAAUCAAUUAAUGCGUUCCUAUGGUCAAAAAAAGUCCAAACGAAGCCAAAUUUGGUACAACAAGAGUUUAUUAAUUGCUCUUUAAAGUCACACAUACUUUAAAGAGCAUUUCAAAAUUCAAACCCAGAUUUUUUUAAAAAAAAACAGCAGAGUUGCCCAAUGGUCACAGAAAAUCAUAAAAAUGCAGAAAAAAACACACAAGCUUCCAGAUUCUUGCAAACCCCUCCCCAACUGUUCCCCCAGCCACCCAGCACACAGAAAUUCAAAUCCAGAAUUUUUUUAAAAAAACAGCAGAGUGGCCCAAUGGUCACAGAAAAUAAUAAAAAUGCAGAAAAAAACACAAGCUUCCAGAUUCUUGCUAACCCCUCCCCAACUGUUCCCCAAGCCACCCAGCACACAGAAAUUCAAAUCCAGAAUUUUUUUUUAAAAAACAGCAGAGUGGCCCAAUGGUCACAGAAAAUCAUAAAAAUGCAGAAAAAACACACACAAGCUUCCAGAUUCUUGCAAACCCCUCCCCAACACCAAGUCCUUGAAUUCCAAACACCCCAACCCAAAAUCCAAAACCCGCCAAAAAAGUUUUAAAAGCUUAACUUACCAAAUGGAUGCAAAAGAAGUUUUGGAAAAGCUUCAAAAAUCACCAAAGUCUUUAAAAACCUCAAAAAAGGCUACUAUGUACACUGCGUUCUAUGAGUUGCUCCUCGAAGUCAAGUCGCAACUGUAUUAACGGUGUUAAGAAAAAGGAAACAAACUUGCAAGACAUUUUCAUCUUGCGAAGCAAGCCCAUAGGGAAAUUCGUCUUGCGAAGCAGCUCAAAAAACGGAAAACCCUUUUGUCUAGCGAAUUUUCCGUCUUGCGAGGCAUUCGUCUUGCGGGGCACCACUGUAAUGUUGAAUAGAUGAUCUCACAAACUCUACCAAAACAGAAAGGUCCUUUUCAAUAACUAUGGGUGUAAAUGUGCCAAGAAGGUGCAUAAACCAUCAUCCUCUUUUUGAGUCAAGUAUAAAAUCCUUUAGGUUGUUAGAGCCAAAGGAGCAUCUGGACCUGUGUACUAUUGGAGAUAAUCUUAAAAGGAAAGCCCCCGUGAAUUUUUUAAUGAAAGAACCUUUAAACUACAAUGUAUUAGACAAAAAUACUAGUUAAGGGGAAAGUUCUGGAACAUGAAAAACUGCUCAAUACCUUAAGCUAGGAAAUUAAAUAUAGGGGGAAUAUACUAACUAAUAUACUUCAGGUAAAAUGAAGCAUGGCUGUUCAAAGGUGUUGAAAAAUAUCCUAUUAAGGUGGGAAAAUAUCAUAUUAAGGCUGUGAAUGAGGUUGUAGACCUGGAAGUAGAAGACAAUGCCAAGGAAGCGUGGGUUGAUGAAGAAUCUCUGGCAUAAUACAAGGUAGAGAUAAGAUGAAGACCAUCUGGUAAUAUCGCAAAAGGAAUCUGGAGUAAAUCAUAUAAAUAGCCUAUUUUAAGUCCAUGAGACUCACACUUCACAGGACAAUGAACAUCAUUGGAUUCAGAACAUAUCAUAUAACUCCUGGCUUGGUCAGAAUCUUGCCUGCUAGGUGGCAGUCAACCAGUCUAAUAAGGCAUGCAAUCUAUCAACUAUUUGUUUAAUGAGUUCAGUUUCUAGAAUAGGAUGUGUGUGUUGAAGUUGUUUACUGCAUAUGAAAGCUGGAUUAACAAAUUUACGAAUGAAUAAAACAUUGAAAAAGCAUUCUGAAUCUGUCUUCUCUUGGGUCUAUAAAAAGGAAUGCUGGUGGUGACUGAGAGCUGUAUAAAAUCUCUUUUUCAUACAUUCAGAUACUCCAAUAGUGAAAAAAUGAUAAUCAAUAACUCAAUUGAAUAAUACAUAGGUCAUCAUUGCAUGCCUCUUCAAUCCAGUUGGCUUAGCAGGCCAUCCUCCACUCUCCACCACAAUGUGUAUACAAUUAUCCCUAUAGGUCUCCCCACCCCCCAUUCUAACCCACAAUAACUCAGCAAUUGUGUCCAAUUUACAGUAAAAGGUACCAAUGCCUGUGAAAGUCAUUGAAGUAGCCAACAGAGGAGACGAAAAAAGGAAUAAGUACCCCUUCUGUUGGACAAAUGAGAAAGCAGAACUUGAGAACUGCUGCCUCACCCAUAGAAGGUGACCACUCAGAUCUCCCCCGGUCAUAAUCAUUAAAUGGUUUUUCUUUCAUUUAUUAACCAAUUAAUAUGAAUCCUGUGAAGCGUCUAGAACAUAUUGAAUAAUGCAAUAAUACAGUACAUAACACAAUAAUAACAUGUACACCUGAAGAAGGGCUGAGGUGAGUUUAUCAGAUGGGGAGGCCAGUGCACAUCAUGCUGCCCCUAGUUUCCUUGACCUAAAAAUAAAAAUAAAAAUCAAGUAACUUAAACUGCAAAAACAAUUGUGCAGGGUGUGGGUGCUUUCCAGCGUUUCUCUUGGUUGGACAGAUGUUGUGGUUGUGUUCAAGGUGCCAUUAGCUCCUGGCUCUCCAGUAGCACCUUUUCUCCUUGAGGUCAAGGUUUCAGACCUUGAAAGGCUAUGAGAGGUUGCUGGAUUAAGCCUUCAGGACAGUAUAGCUGUGUCCCACUCCCACAAGGGUAGCUCCAUUGGCGUCAAGGAAAAGGAGGGUGUCAAGGACAGAGGGCAUCACUUUGAGUAAGAGGGAAACAUUCCCUUAGGAUGGGCCAAUUCCUUGGGGAAUGAACAGCUAUUCUCUUGUGCCAUGGGUAGUUCUCCAAGGGGUGUAGGGCUUCUAGUAGUGGGUGAUUUGCUCAUUAAGAACAUAGAUAGUUGUGUAUGCGAUGAAAAGCCAGGAACUCCAAGAUGUACAGGGUACAGAUAACCAGGCACAGCUUUGUAGGCAUGGAUGAGACAAUCUACUGGACAUUUGAAACAUGCCAGAGUGUGUGCAAAGUAGACCACACAGAUGGAAACACUGAAGAGACACAAAAAUAUAUUUGCAUGAUUUAAUAACAAAACUCCUCUAACAUGCAUCUUACAGAGUGUCUAUAAUCAUCACCCACCCACCCACCAGGGGGCAAAAUAAAAUACAUACUACACAUUAUAUAUCAUUGACAAUUGCUGACACAGCUAAUUACAGUGACUUAUCAGCACCUACUACACUGCUACACAGCUGUAAAGCUAGGUCAGGAUAUGCACCUUGGCUUUUAAAGGGGUCCACACACUGUGGAAAAAUAAUGAACCCUAACGUUUAAACAACAUUUCCCCUGUGGUUCAUAACUGUGGAACAGAAACGUAAAGGAUAUUCUGUACAUAUCUUUCAUGUGUGACCUUCAGAGUGCCUUAGUAAAAAUGUCAGCAAUUUGGUUGUCACCUGAAACAUACUGAAAAGCGAUUAUUUUGUCAGCAAUUAGCUUAUUUGCAAAUUGCAAACAUAAUCUCAAAACUCUAGUGCGUUGCGUAUUAGUUUCUGAACACAGAAUCGCGAGUCCACUCUGGGAAUCGAGGUAGACAUUGACUGGUAGUGUUACUUGUAUCUGUAGAUCUGCAAAUACUUGUAGGUACCAUUCUACAUUGCAAAUAGCCUGAGUGCAUGCGCAUAAUUCACUCUCCAUCGUGGAGAGACAUAUAAUGGUUUGUUUCUGGGACUUCCAUUCAAAUGGACACCCGUUAUAGCAGAAAACCAUACCAGACACACCCCUGUAAUUAUUUUGUUUUACUGCAUGAGAUGCAUAGCAAAAAAUUUCAAAACCUGAAUUGACACUUGAUAUGGAAAUGAUUGCCUCCACACCCAGCACAUUCUGAUUUGUCCUUGUACCUCUUUUUGAACUUCCUGCGCUCCUGCUUCGUCUGGUAUACGUCAUUGUCUUUGCUGGGGGAUGCUUCAUUACUGCUAGCCUCCUCAUGGUGCACUGGGAUUAGCUUCUUAUCAGGAUGCAGGCUGCUGUCCUUGAGAAUCUCCUGGGCGAAGAGUUCAGCAGCUUUUGAGGCCACAGCCUCCUCAAUGGUCUUCUGCAGUGUGAGUUCUGGCUUCGAGAGAAGACGCCGUUGUGUAGCCUUAUUGGAAUUCACCGAUUGGGUCUGCGUUGCUCUGGGACAGGAGGAAGGUAGUCAAAUGACACCUGAGGUUGAUUCAAAGAAAGAGUUUAUUCUGCUCUCCGGAUAGCAGAAGGCACUUGCGUGAUCAAGUCCACAGCAAGUCCAAAGAAAUGACAAGUUUCAUGCAGUAUUUAUAUCCUCCAGACACCCUCUCCCCCUUCCCCAGCCACGUCAACUUGUAUACGCAGGUUGACUUCACAUAUGUUCCUGCUCUGGUACUCUCAACCAUAAAAGGAUCUUCCUUCCUGUACUUCUGACCAUAAAAGGAUCUUCCUCUUCCUACUCUUAUCUGGGAAGACGUAAUCAUCUCCGGGAACACGCUCUGGCGUUUGUUCCCGGACCUGGGUUUGUGUGUCAGAGUGUGUUCAGGACGUAAGAUAAAGCACACACGCAUCAUCCCUGCUGUACUGGAACUUGGCAAGCUCACUCAUUGCCGCCACGGACUGAUAAGGGAGAGAGCUCUGUUUUUGUUAUGGAUUUACUCAACGGCUUGAGUUUAUGCAUUUUAGCUAAGGAAAAAUAGGGAUUUUAGUGCAAUUUAAAACUGCCUGCACAGUCAGUUUUUGGGUUUUGGAAACCCAUUCCUUCAUUCCCUACUCUUCUUUUGGACAGCCUUUCGGCUCGUCCCAAGGUACUGGCCGGUAUUCUCGUGUCAGUGCUAUAAUCUGGGGCCGAAUCAUUCGUAACAUCAUUUUAUGCAUCAUAUUUUGCAAGCAUUACGUUAAGCAGGGUAUACAGGAGCAGAAAAGAAGCAAGAUUAGUCCAUUAACAUCAUUACAAGUCCUCUAAGCCAGAGUUUCCCAACCUUGGGCCUCCAGCUGUUUCGAACUACAACUGCCAUCAUCCCUAGCUAGCAAGACCAGUGGUCAGGGAUGA